AUGCCGCAGUCCAAGUCCCGGAAGAUCGCGAUCCUGGGCUACCGGUCUGUGGGGAAAUCCUCGUUGACGAUUCAGUUUGUUGAAGGCCAAUUUGUUGACUCCUACGAUCCAACCAUAGAAAAUACUUUCACAAAAUUGAUCACAGUCAACGGACAGGAGUAUCACCUCCAACUUGUAGACACAGCUGGGCAGGAUGAAUAUUCCAUCUUUCCUCAGACAUAUUCCAUAGAUAUUAAUGGUUAUAUUCUUGUGUAUUCUGUUACAUCAAUCAAAAGUUUUGAAGUGAUCAAAGUUAUCCAUGGCAAAUUGUUGGAUAUGGUGGGGAAAGUACAAAUACCUAUUAUGUUGGUUGGGAAUAAGAAAGACCUACAUAUGGAAAGGGUGAUCAGUUAUGAAGAAGGGAAAGCGUUAGCAGAGUCUUGGAACGCAGCAUUUUUGGAAUCUUCUGCUAAAGAAAAUCAGACUGCUGUUGACGUUUUUAGAAGGAUAAUUUUGGAGGCAGAAAAAAUCGAUGGGGCCGCUUCACAAGGAAAGUCUUCCUGUUCGGUGAUGUGA